UAUUUUGCUUCACCGCCAUACUUGCAAUGGCUGUGCAACCUUGUCAACAGUUUUCACUUGAUGGAACGGCAGAACAGGGCUUUCUGGCCUUCUAUCGCUCAUUGCCCGAGAAACCUGAAACAACUUUCCGUGUGUUCGAUCGCUCGGACUACUAUACUGUUCAUGGUCCUGAUGCAGCAUUUGCCGCAAAAGAAGUCUUCAAGACAACAAGUGUUAUUAAAUAUCUUGGGAUUGGUGAAAAGAAAGUUCCAUCAGUGAUUUUGAGUAAAAUGAAUUUUGAGAGCACAGUUCGGGAUCUGUUGCUUGUACGUCAGUAUAGAGUGGAGAUGUACAGAGCAAGUAAAGGUGCAAAGAACACAUCAGCCUGGGAACUUGUUGCCAAGGCAUCACCUGGUAAUUUGCAACAAUUUGAAGACAUUCUCUUUGGAAAUAAUGACAUGUCUGUGUCAGCAGUCGUCAUGGCAAUCAAGCUUGGUAUGGAAAAUGGCCAAAGGGUGGUAGGUGCUUCAUAUGCUGAUGUUGCAGCAAGGAAGCUUGGAGUCUGUGAAUUUGUCGAUAAUGAUCAGUUUUCUAAUCUGGAGGCUUUGCUUGUACAGCUUGGUCCAAAGGAAUGUUUACUGCCACAAAACGACACAAGUGCUGAUGCAGCCAAAGUAUUAGAGGUGAUUCAACGAAGCAACAUUCUCAUAUCUGACAGGAAAAAAUCUGAGUUUUCCAACAAAGACAUAGUACAGGAUCUCAACAGGCUUUUGAAGUUAGGAGCAAGUGGAAAUAGUGGAACUUUGGCGGAGAUAGACUUGACUCAUGCGACAUCUUCUCUAGCAGCUUUGAUCAAGUACUUGGAGCUCCUUGCAGAUGAGUCCAACUUCAGUCAGUUUCAUCUGAGCACAUUUGACUUAACACAGUUUAUGAAGCUUGAUGCUGCAGCUGUGAGAGCUCUCAAUCUUCUUCCAAACCCAUUAGAUGGAGGCAAUAAGAGUAUGUGUCUUGUUGGUUUGUUGAAUAAGGCAAAGACAGCACAGGGACAGAGGUUAAUAGCACAGUGGAUUAAACAACCUUUGAUGGACAAAAACAAAAUAGAAGAGAGACUUGAUGUUCUUGAAGUUUUCUUUGAAGACACAGAACUUAGACAAACCAUUCAGGAAGAGUUGCGAAAAAUUCCUGAUUUUUCUCGACUAGCCAAGAAAUUCCAGCGACAGAAAGCAAGUUUACAGGACUGUGUGAGGGUCUACCAAGCUCUUCAUAGACUUCCUACUUUCACUGGUAUUCUUACUGGCUAUCAGGGAAAUCACCAUGAGCUUAUACGCGACUGCUUUACAACACCCAUAAAGGAUCUUAUUGAAGACUUUCAAAAGUUCAUUGAGUUAGUGGAGACCACUGUAGAUCUUGAUCAGGUGGAGAACCAUGAAUAUUUGAUCAAGGCUUCUUUUGAUGAAGGAUUGCAAGAGUGUAGAGAAAAGAUGGAUGAAAUUUUAGAGCAAAUACCAGUAGAACUAAACAAGGCAGCACGAGAUCUUGGUCUUGAAGCAGGAAAAUCAAUAAAACUGGAAACCAAUAACCAGUUUGGUUAUUUCUUCAGGAUAACAAAAAAAGAAGAAAAGGCCUUAAGAAACAACAAACGCUUUACAACAAUAGACACAAGAAAGGAUGGAAUAAGGUUCAAUAAUUCAGCAUUACGGCAACUGAAUGAGCAGUUUCAAGCUUUUAAGGAGACCUACAAUGAAGUGCAGAGUAACCUGGCCAAUGAAGUGAUAAAAGUGGCCGGAGGUUACAGUGAGCCAAUGCAAAUGCUAAGCGACAUUAUUGCUCAGCUCGAUGCCUUGAUAAGUUUUGCGCAUGUCUCAGCUAAUGCUCCUAUUCCAUUUGUUCGUCCAAAAAUUACUCCCAAAGGAGAGGGACACAUCAAACUUGACAUGGCAAGACAUCCCUGUCUUGAAGUUCAAGAUGAUGUGGCUUUUAUUUCCAAUGAUCUCAAGCUUGAAAGAGGUAACAAAGAAUUUUUGAUAAUAACUGGCCCUAAUAUGGGGGGUAAAUCUACUUACAUCAGACAGACUGGAGUGAUUGUAUUAAUGGCUCAGCUUGGCUGUUUUGUGCCCUGUAGCUCAGCAGAAAUUUCCAUAACAGACUGUAUUUUAGCCCGAGUGGGGUCUGGAGACAGUCAGCUAAAAGGAGUUUCUACAUUUAUGUCUGAAAUGCUGGAAACUGCCUCGAUAUUGAGGUCUGCCACUGAAAACUCUCUCAUCAUUAUCGAUGAACUAGGAAGGGGAACAUCAACAUAUGAUGGCUUUGGACUGGCGUGGGCGAUAUCACACUACAUUGCCACCAACAUCAAGUGCUUCUGUCUUUUUGCCACCCAUUUCCAUGAGCUUACAGCUCUCGCGGAUGAAGUUUCCACGGUAACCAACCUCCACGUUACUGCUAUGACCUCCAGUGGGACUCUCACGCUUUUGUAUAAAGUUAAACCCGGUGUAUGUGAUCAGAGCUUCGGUAUUCAUGUCGCGGAACUUGCUCACUUUCCAACAAGCGUCAUAGAGUUUGCCAGGAAAAAAGCAGCGGAAUUAGAAGAUUUUCAAGGCAGCACGGCGUCCUUGGGUGAUGGAGUUUUAGACUCUGAUACAGGCACAUCGCCAGCCAAGAGACGGCGCAUGGUGAAGCAGGAUGGCGAAGAAAUAAUCAAAGAUUUCCUCAGUCAAGUUGCCAAGUUGCCAGUUGAGUCUAUGACAGAAGAGAAAACCUCACAAGAGGUAGCGAGAUUAAAGGAACAAGUAUUGGCCAGAAAUAAUCCUUACAUUCAAGAACUCCUUGCCAAAUAAGGACGUUGAACAGGGCUAAGAAGGACUAUUACGACCCCUUUAGUUACACUUUAAUGUGGAAUUAAUGAAUUGAAACUGUUUAUUACUCUGAUAGAAUGGUCAGAAAUGUUGGGAGGUUGCAACACGUACAUGCUGUAUGCCAACCCAAAAGUAUAUCAUACUUGUGAUCAAUGAACCAUCGUCGAAAAACCGCUGGCUCAGAAGAUGGUUCUCUCGAACACUGAUAGAGUUUUUCCAUGUAGAAAAUUUUACUAAUGGGUUUAGAAUAUCACGAAUGUUUUUUGGCAUGAUGGGUGUUUGUUACUGUUAGAUCGUUCUAAGAAAUUCGAAGGAACUAAAACGUUAAUAUUAGGUUAUGAAACAAUAGAGAAUUAAAAACAGUUACGAUGGUUUCCUUGUAUUGCUUUGCGUAUCCUUGCUGCGAAUAAUUUUCAGGUGUGACAAGUGUGAAGCAAACUAACACAUGGAAGAUUUCCAACGGCCUGCCUAGAAUCACUAUCAAUGUAAAUCGUGAUUUCCUCGUAAGUGAGCGCAGUGGCCUUUUUUUGUUGUUUCGUUAAUUUGAUAAGAACUGUGUCAAUCAAGAUAAAAAAAAUCUUUAGUCAGUUUUAAUGCAAAUUAAUUACUAUGAACGAAGUCCACGCCGGGAUCGAGUCCUUUCCGGGGACGAAAAGUGGUCAUUUUAAUCAGGUUAUUGGUUGUUUAGAAGCCGUAUGAUUUACA